CGAGAAAAAAAAAAAAAACAAAUCGGGGCAGGGGCUCGUGAAUUUUGCAAAGAAGGUACUUGGCUUGGAAGUUAGGAAUAGGAAGUCAUUACGCUUCGCUUUAGAUGCUUCUCAUUGCAAUUGACUCCUUUUACUCCUAAAGCCUUUCACUCUCUGUCUCUGUUUGUCUGUCUGCUUCUCUACAAGAGAUUUACUCUUAUGGACAUGGAGAUUGAUUUCAAACACUACAAAUUGAGCUCCGAGCUUCGAGGUCACGAAGACGACGUUCGUGGUAUAUGUAUAUGUGGCGAUACUGGCAUUGCGACUUCAUCUAGAGACCGGACUGUGAGGUUUUGGCCUCUUGACCCAUCAGACAAGUGCAAGUAUGCAUCAUCAAAAAUUUUGUUGGGACAUUCAAGUUUUGUAGGUCCAUUGGCUUGGAUUCCACCAAAUGAAGAGUACCCAGAAGGUGGGAUUGUCUCUGGUGGCAUGGAUACACUGGUUUUGGUGUGGAACUCGAGUACUGGAGACAAGGUGCAGGUUUUGAGGGGCCAUCAGUUGCAAGUCACUGGCAUUGCAUUGGAUAAUGGGGACAUUGUGUCAUCCUCUGUUGAUUGUACUUUGAGACGAUGGAGGAAAGGCCAGGGUAUCGAGUCUUGGGAGGCUCAUAAGUCAGCUAUACAGGCAGUGAUAAAGCUGCCUUCUGGUGAGCUUGUUACAGGUUCAAGUGACACAACUUUAAAACUUUGGAGAGGGAAGACAUGUUUGCAUACUUUUGUGGGCCAUACAGAUACAGUUAGAGGCUUGGCAGAGAUGCAUGGAUUGGGUAUUCUUUCUGCAUCACAUGAUGGUUCAAUAAGGUUAUGGGCAUUAACUGGCCAAGUAUUGAUGGAGAUGGUUGGUCAUACUUCCAUUGUCUAUUCGGUUGAUUCACAUGUGUCUGGACUUAUUGUCAGUGGUAGUGAAGAUUGUUCGGCUAAGAUCUGGAAAGAUGGAGUUUGUGUUCAGAGCAUAGAGCAUCCUGGUUGUGUUUGGGAUGCCAAAUUCUUAGAAAAUGGUGACAUUGUGACAGCAUGUUCAGAUGGAGUUGUACGUAUCUGGACAUCGCAUCAGGAUAGGAUUGCAGAUCCACUAGAUCUUGAGUCAUAUGUUUCCCAACUUUCUCAAUACAAGUUAAGCAGGAAGAGGGUUGGAGGACUGAAAUUGGAAGAUUUGCCAGGGCUAGAUGCUUUACAGAUUCCAGGAACUACUGAUGGCCAGACAAAAAUUGUCAGAGAAGGGGACAAUGGUGUAGCAUAUGCUUGGAAUUUGAGAGAGCAGAAGUGGGAUAAAAUUGGCGAAGUUGUUGAUGGACCGGAUGAUGGCAUGAAGCGACCUGUUCUUGAUGGAAUUGAAUAUGAUUAUGUAUUUGAUGUUGAUAUCGGAGAUGGUGAACCCAUUCGAAAGUUGCCAUAUAAUCGAUCAGAUAAUCCAUACUCUGUUGCUGAUAAGUGGCUCAUCAAAGAGAAUCUUCCUCUUUCCUAUCGUCAACAAAUUGUAGAUUUCAUACUCCAAAAUUCUGGACAAAGAAGCAUUGCUCUUGAUUCAUCAUUCCGUGACCCAUACACUGGUGCAAGUGCUUAUGUACCUGGGCAACCUUCUAACUUGUCUGCUGUAUCAGCAAAGCCUACUUUCAAGCAUAUUCCCAAGAAAGGAAUGCUAGUUUUUGAUGGGGCUCAAUUUGAUGGGAUCCUGAAAAAGAUAAAUGAGUUCAAUGAUGCUCUUCUAUCUGAACCAGACAAAAAGAACUUGUCCUUGUCAGAGCUUGACAUAUCCAGACUUGGUGCAAUUGUUAAAAUUUUAAAGGACACUUCCCAUUAUCAUACUAGUAAAUUUGCAGAUGUUGAAAUUGCUUUGCUGUUGAAAUUAAUGAAAUCUUGGCCGGUAGCAAUGCUAUUUCCGGUUAUAGAUAUCCUGAGGAUGAUCGUCUUACACCCAGAUGGGGCGAGUGCACUUCUCAAGCAUGUUGAGGAUGGAAGUGAUAUACUAAUGGAAGUGAUUAAGAGAGUUACAACAAAUUCUCCGCUGCCUCCGAACCUUUUAACCAGCAUUCGUGUGGUAACUAACCUAUUCAAGAAUUCAUGCUAUCACAACUGGCUACUAAGGCAUCGCAGUGAGAUUCUUGAUGCAUUUUCAAGUUGUUAUUCAUCAUCAAACAAGAAUUUGCAUUUGUCUUAUUCUACCUUGAUACUCAAUUAUGCUGUUCUGUUAAUAGAAAAAAAGGGUCAAGAAGGUCAAUCACAAGUUCUUUCAGCUGCUCUUGAGAUUGCAGAAGAGGAAAAUGUAGAAGUUGAUUCAAAAUUCCGGGUUUUAGUUGCCAUUGGAUCACUGAUGCUUGAUGGUCUGGUGAAGCAAAUAGCUUUGGACUUUGAUGUUGAGAACAUUGCCAGAAUAGCUAAGACUUCUAGAGAUGCCAAGAUUGCUGAAGUUGGAGCUGACAUUGAACUGUUAAUAAAACAGCAUUGAAUCUGUUUCCUGGUUGAGGUUUGUGUAACAAUCAACACUUAGCAGGAACUCAUGAAAGGAACUCAUAAAAAGAAAUUAACAGCAUGAAUUGUUGUUUUAACCUUCAGUUGGAAGAGGAAACCUGGUCAUGAUAUCUAGAGAUAUGCAAGACAACGUUGAUUUGCAGCAAGUUGAUCUAUUAUGCUUGCAACUUUCUGGAAUGUUUUGCUGGACUUCUAAGUGAAGGUGUAAUGUGGUUAAAAAGAAAAGAAUAUAGUUACAAUUGGAUCCUUCAAUUGUAUCAGACCUAUGGACAAAGGAAAGCAAUUGCUGAUGAAUUCUGAAAAUCAUUUAGUUUUUAGCUGAACAAUCAUGUUCCUUGAUCAAUUUCUGUAUGUACUGCUUUUAUGCUUGACGUUAGAGCCAAUUAAUUGAGUUGCUUUAUUAUAGUUGAAA